UCGUUCCUUCCUGUUUUGAUUCCUAAAAAUGGGCACGGAGACCAGGAAAACAAGCGAUGAAAUUUCACAAUUGCUACACGAAUCACCACCAUCAUCCGGAGGACAAAAAGUUGUUGAAUAUACCGUUCCAGAAACCAUACCCGAAUGGAAACAUCAAAUAACAUCAAGAGGUUUAUUUGUGAGUUCUUUCUUAGGGUCCCUUUUUUGUAUCAUCACACACAGAAUCAAUCUUACCGUCGGAAUCAUUCCUUCUUUAAACGUCGCUGCUGGUUUGCUUGGAUUUUUCUUUAUCAAAUCAUGGACCACUUUCCUAGAAAAAUUAGGCUUCCAUGCUCCCCCUUUCACCAGGCAAGAGAACACUGUUAUUCAGACUUGCGUUGUUGCUUGUUAUGGCAUCGCUUCUAGCGCUGGAUUUGGAUCGUAUUUGCUGGCAAUGGACGAGAGAACAUACAACUUAAUAGGCCCGGAUUACCCUGGUAAUCGGGCUGAGGAUGUUAAGAAUCCAGGAUUGUUGUGGAUGACUGGCUUUAUUAUCGUUGUCAGCUUUCUAGGCCUAUUUAGCGUUGUUCCCCUUCGUAAGGUCAUGGUGAUGGAUUUUAAGCUUACAUACCCUAGUGGAACUGCCACGGCCAUGCUAAUCAAUAGUUUCCACACGAUUUCUGGUGCUGAGCUAGCAAGUAAACAGGUAAGAUGUCUUGGGAGGUUUCUUAGUAUCAGCUUCGCCUGGAGUGUCUUUAAAUGGUUCUUUAGCGGUAUUGGGAAUUCAUGUGGAUUUGAUAAAUUUCCAAGUCUUGGCUUGACACUAUAUAGAAACACAUUUUACUUUGACUUUAAUCUUACUUAUGUUGGAUGUGGUCUUAUCUGCCCACACAUUGUUAACUGCUCGGUCCUUUUUGGAGCUCUUGUGUCAUGGGGCUUGCUUUGGCCCUUCAUUGCCACACGGGCCGGAGACUGGUAUCCAGAUAAUUUGGGCACCAAGGAUUUCAAAGGUCUCUAUGGAUACAAGGUUUUUAUAGCUAUUUCCCUUAUUCUCGGUGACGGGUUAUACAAUUUGUUAAAGAUUGUAUUUAUCUCCAUCAAGACUAUUUUGAACAGCACCAAACAACAAGAUCUUCCUGUAAUAAAGGAAUUAGCAGGCCCUGAAGCAUCCAAAUCACAAUUGGAGCAGCAGAAACGAGAUGAAGUUUUUCUGAAAGACGGGAUACCAACAUGGUUUGCGGCUUCUGGAUAUGUAGGUUUGGCUGCAAUAUCAAUAGCGAUAAUGCCACUUAUUUUCCCACCACUCAAAUGGUACCUAGUAUUGUGCUCUUACAUAAUCGCCCCUGCUCUUGCGUUCUGCAAUUCUUAUGGAACCGGUCUCACAGACUGGAGUUUAGCUUCAACAUAUGGCAAAAUCGGUCUAUUUAUAAUUUCUUCAUUUGUUGGAAGCAAUGGAGGUGUCUUAGCAGGUUUAGCAUCAUGCGGGGCUAUGAUGUCCAUUGUAUCAACCGCUGCUGAUUUAAUGCAAGAUUUUAAAACCGGUUACUUGACUUUAUCAUCAGCCAAAUCAAUGUUUGUGAGUCAGAUCGUGGGGACCGCCAUAGGGUGCAUUAUUGCACCCCUCACAUUUUGGAUGUUUUGGACCGCCUUCGAGAUUGGGACUCCAGACAGUCCAUAUAAAGCGCCUUAUGCUGUUGUAUACAGAGAAAUGGCUAUUCUUGCAGUUGAGGGGUUCUCUGAACUUCCAAAACAUUGUUUGGCUUUAUGUUACGGGUUCUUUGUUGUGGCAUUGGUUUUGAACCUGUUACGUGAUUGUGUUCCAUCAAACGUGUCUUGGUUCAUUCCCAUUCCUAUGGCAAUGGCUGUGCCGUUUUAUAUUGGAGCAUACUUUGCAAUCGAUAUGUUUAUGGGGACGGUUAUUUUAUUUAUAUGGGAAAGAAUAAAUAAAAAAGACUCGGAAGAUUAUGCAGGUGCAGUUGCUUCCGGGUUAAUAUGUGGAGAUGGGAUAUGGACGAUCCCAUCUGCAAUAUUAUCCCUUCUCAAGGUCGAACCGCCCAUCUGUAUGUCCUUUGGACCUUCGAUACGCAACUGA